CACAUUUGUCACCGGAAAAUACCAAUUCGCCUUCUCAACUUCUCGUUCUCGACCCUUUUCCCUCCCAGCCUCCAUCAACUUCGUCUUCUACUCUUCUCCCGCCGCCAUUGCCGCUCCGGCCAUCCAGCAAUGAUUUAUGAGGUUGUCUCAUUUCCUUAAUUAUGUCGAUUGUCAUUUCGAUUACCAAAAUACUAUUUCAAUAAAGAAGUAUUUCCUCACCCUCUUCCAGGGAAUAAGAAGAGCUAAUGAUGAGUCACUAAGACAUAAGCGGCCUUUCGGAGAUCUCAAGGGCGUUAUCCCUUGGUGUUUCCGAUGAUAUUUCACCAUUAAAGACUGCAGCUUUUCCCUUCUGUAGAGCAAGGAGAGACAUUGGAGAAAAGCUGGAAGCUAAUCAAAUUGAUUGAUUGAAGAAAAAGGUCAACAAGUAAAAAUGGCGAGUUUAUCGUCAGCUCAAUAUCGUUCCUACUCCUCUAAUUCCUUCCCGCCGGCCUCGUCUAACGGCCAUCGACAUAAUCAUCGGCUUCUCAGCUUCUCUUCUCCAAUUCCUAGGAGGUCUCCUCCAGUUGUGCUCUGCUUGCAGCAAUCUCAGGGCAAUUCUCGACCUAAUGUCGUCUUAAUGGAAGAUGGUGCUGUGGCAACUCCUGUAAAUCCAGCACAAAAAAAGGAAGAAACCGUCAAGAAAUUGGAAGAUGGGUUGCUUUCUUCUUCGGGUAUCUCUACUGAGGAAUUGAAAGAGGCAGCUGGUUUUGAUGUUAAGGAGAAUGAGUCUUCUGUUAGUAUUACUGUGGUUGGUGCCUCUGGAGAUCUGGCUAAAAAGAAGAUCUUUCCUGCACUUUUCGCCCUUUACUACGAGGGUUGCCUUCCAAAGCAUUUUACGGUGUUUGGUUAUGCUCGUAGCAAGAUGACUGAUGCUGAGCUUAGGGACAUGGUUAGCAAAACCCUAACUUGCAGAAUUGACCAAAGGGAGAAUUGUGGAGAAAAGAUAGAUCAAUUUCUUAAGAGGUGCUUUUAUCAUUCAGGUCAAUACGAUUCCCAAGAACAUUUUGCAGCCCUCGACAAAAAGCUUAAAGAGCAUGAGGGUGGUCGAGAGUCAAAUCGGCUGUUUUAUCUGUCGAUUCCCCCAAACAUAUUCAUAGAUGCAGUAAAAUGUGCUAGCUCCUCAGCUUCUGCAGCCAGUGGGUGGACUAGGGUCAUUGUAGAGAAGCCCUUUGGUCGAGACUCGGAAUCAUCAGCUGCUUUGACCAAAGCCCUCAAGCAAUACCUAACUGAGGAUCAAAUAUUCAGGAUAGACCACUACCUGGGGAAGGAACUGGUGGAAAACCUAUCAGUUCUCCGGUUCUCUAAUCUCAUUUUCGAACCAUUGUGGUCCAGACAGUAUAUAAGAAAUGUUCAGUUGAUAUUCUCUGAAGAUUUUGGCACUGAAGGGCGUGGAGGGUACUUUGACAAUUAUGGGAUAAUAAGGGACAUAAUGCAGAACCAUUUGCUUCAGAUACUUGCGCUCUUUGCCAUGGAAACUCCUGUUAGCUUGGAUGCUGAGGACAUCAGAAAUGAGAAGGUCAAAGUGCUGAGAUCAAUGAGGACUUUGAGGCUCGAAGAUGUUGUAAUUGGGCAGUACAAGAGUCAUACGAGAGGGGGAGUUACUCACCCUGGAUAUACCGAUGACAAGACAGUGCCAAAAGACAGUGUGACUCCAACGUUUGCUGCAGCUGCCCUUUUCAUUGAUAAUCCUAGAUGGGAUGGAGUUCCUUUUCUGAUGAAAGCUGGAAAGGCAUUACAUAGCAAGGGGGCUGAGAUUAGAGUACAGUUCAGACAUGUGCCUGGCAACUUGUACAAUCGAAAUAUUGGAACGGAUCUUGAUCAAGCCACGAACGAGCUUGUGAUUCGAGUGCAGCCAGAUGAAGCAAUCUACCUGAAGAUCAAUAAUAAGGUACCUGGACUUGGGAUGAGACUGGACCGUAGCAAUCUGAAUCUUCUAUAUUCAACAAGGUACUCAAAGGAGAUUCCAGAUGCAUACGAGAGGCUUCUUCUUGACGCUAUCGAAGGGGAAAGACGACUGUUUAUUAGAAGCGAUGAACUUGAUGCUGCCUGGUCACUUUUCACGCCAGUUCUGAAGGAACUGGAAGAGAAGAGGACCAUCCCGGAGUACUAUCCAUAUGGAAGCCGGGGCCCGGUUGGGGCUCACUACUUGGCAGCAAGAUACAAAGUGAGGUGGGGUGAUCUUGGCAUAGAGCAGUAGGCAAAAGUGUCCUAAUGUGUUGUGUACUGGUUAUGAAGGAUAUUGGUUUUAGAUAGACAAAUCAGUUUUGUUAUGUAUGCAAAGCAAAAAAAAGAUUUAGGAUGGGAAAACAUUGAGGAAAUAUUGUUGUCUCAUUGUUAGUUAAAUCCUGAUUUUACAGGUCCUUCCUUCCUGUGUAGAUUUUCACUGCAACAAAUAAUUAGUGACAACAGAUUUGCU